GGUUUAACUGAUCCUGUCCCCACGUGAGAAUUGUGCCGACAACUAGAAGUUGUCAUAUGCAUGGCAUUGAAACUAUUGCUUAUUGAACAACCAGUUAAGAAAUAAAAGAUGAAAGCAACAGCUGAGGAGCAGAUAGAGCAAUCAGAGUCUUUUCACGAUGAGGAAGAUGAGGGCCCGACCAGGGCCAAAAGGGGUAAGCCCGAGGUGGUCCAGGACGGGUUCCUCCGUCCGGUGAAGCUGUCGCGCGGUGAGCUCUACAAACCUCCCACCGCAGAUGAACUGAACCAGCUCAAGGAGGCCGAGAGCCUGUUCCACUGCAGCCUGCUCAAGAUGCAGAUGGAGGAGCUGCUGAAGGAGGUUGCCUUGAGUGAGCACAGGAAGCAGCUGAUUGACUCUUUCAUCCAGAAUGUCACUGAGCAGCUCCAGACUGUACCACAGACUCCUGAAGUGGAGCUAAGUGACUUGUCAUGGUUGUCAGGAGGCGUGAAGGUCCCCUUUGUCUUGGUGCCAAAGGCAGCCAAGGGCAAGUUUCACAUGGCACCGCCCAUAUCUGUUACCAUCAUGGGCAGCUACCCACUGGGCACCUGCACCAAACCAGGCAUCUCAGUUGAUCUGGCAGUCGCUAUUCCUGCUGAUGUCCUGCACCCUAAAGAUGCCCUAAACCAGAGGUACCCACGGAAGAGGGCGCUUUACCUGGCAGGACUGGCACAACAUCUUGCCGCCUCUCCCGCCAUCGGGGCCAUGCGGUACUCAUGUCUCCAUGGCAACCGCCUCCGCCCCCUCCUGUUGCUCUCCCCUCCAGGCAAAGACUCCUCCAGCUUCACCUUGCGACUCCACGCCUGCCCUCCACCGGGUUUCUUCAAGCCCAGCCGCUUCCACCCCCAGAGGAACAACAUCCGCACCGACUGGUACACUGGCCUGGGGAGCUCUCAGCCAGAGACGAGUGAGCCGCCCACUCCCCACUACAACAGCUCUGUUCUUGGGGACAUGCUCCCCAGGGCCCACCUGCAGUUCCUGACCGCUGUGAGCUCCCAGUGCACCGCCUUUGCAGAGGGAGUGGCCCUGCUCAAAGUGUGGCUCAGACAGAGGGAGCUGGACCAGGGCGCAGGGUGUUUCAGUGGUUUCCUGGGCUCCAUGCUUCUGGCCUACCUCCUCUCCUCCCACAGAGUCAGCAACACCAUGACAGCCUACCAGCUGCUCCGCAACAGCCUGCACUUCCUGGCUUUAACCGACCUGACGGAGAAUGGAAUUACCCUAGCCAAAGGCCCAGAUUCAACAGCGCCCUCUCUCGCCGAGUUCCACACUGCUUUCCAGGUUGUUUUUGUUGACCCCUCUGGACACCUCAACAUGUGUGCUGACAUGACAGCCUGCACCUACAAACAGGUGCAGCACGAGGCUUCUCUGUCGCUGCAGUUUUGGGACGACCCCACCGUGGAUGGAUUCCAUGCCCUACUCAUGACCCCCAAACCCAUGAUCAGGACCAGUGACCACGUCUUCCAGCUGUGUGAGCUGGUGAAGCUGCAGUCCUGCUGUAAGAAGCUCAACCUCCUCAGUGAACUCAUGGACCACAGUGGAAACUACGUCCUCACCGCGCUCCCGUUUAUCCUCUCCCUCCUGCAACGAGGCCUGGGCCAAAGGGUCCGCCUCCUCACCCACUCACUGACCCCUGACCCUGAGUGGCCGGUGGAGAGUGAAGCUCCGAAGCACAAGGCCCAGCCACCCCUGUCCUUUGGCCUGCUGCUCAACCCAGAACAGGCGGCCUCUGUACUGGAGAGAGGACCCCCAGCCGAUAGCCCCAAGGCUGAGGAGUUCAGGCAGCUGUGGGGGUCUCGCUCUGAGCUGCGUCGGUUCCAGGACGGGGCCAUCACGGAGGCUGUGGUGUGGGAGGGAGAGACUACCUGUCAGAAGAGACUGGUCCCACGCCAGCUCAUCACACACCUGCUGCAGCUUCAUGCAGAUAUACCAGAAUCCUGUGUGAGAUACAUUGGAGGGAUGCUGGAUGAUGUCAUCAAAGUGGGACGCGAGGUGUGCAGUACGGGUGAGGAGGAGAGUCUGAAGGUGGUUCAGUCAUAUGAUGACCUAAGCAGGAAGCUGUGGAGGCUGAAGGGGCUGCCCCUAUCCAUCACCUCAGUGCAGGGUGCCCACCCAGCCCUGCGCUACACCCAGGUGUUCCCCCCAGUGCCCCUGAAGCUGGACUACUCGUUCUUUGACAGAGAGCAGUUGUCCCGGUCACUGGUGCCCCAGGAGGUCAAACCUUGCCCUGUGUACAUCACCCCUGUCAAAGUGAUCUGCCACAUGGAGGGCAGUGGGAAGUGGCCUCAUGACAGAGUGGCCAUCCGCCACAUUAAAGCAGCCUUCCACAUCAGCCUGGGAGAACUGUUAACCCAACACCACCGCUACCCAUGCCAGCCCAGUCCCACACACCUGGACGUGUGGAAGGAUGGCUUGGCGUUUAGGAUCCAGGUAGCGUACCACCGGGAGCCUCAGGUCCUGAGGGAGAGUGUUAGUCCAGAGGGGCUGCUCAUCGUCAGGGACAACGAGGAGGCUCAGGCCCUGGAGAUGGCCACCAUGCAUCGGCCCCUACUCACCAGCACCCUGCACGGGCUCCAGCAGCUCCACCCAUGUUUCGGGGCGGUGUGUCGCCUGGCCAAGCGCUGGCUGGGAGCGCAGCUCUUUAGCGAUGACAUCACAGAGGACACUGCUGACCUGCUGGUGGCGUCCCUCUUCCUGCAGCCGGCCCCCUUCACUCCUCCAGGGUCUCCUCAGGUAGGUUUCCUUCGCUUCCUCCACCUGCUCUCCUCCUUCGAUUGGAGAAACAACCCCCUGGUGGUCAACCUCAACAGCCAGCUCACCGCUGCUGACUACACUGAGAUCAAGAAUGACUUCAUAGCCUCCAGAGAGUCUCUGCCUGUUAUGUUCAUGGCCACGCCCAACGACAAGAAACUGUCCAUUUGGACCAAGCAGGCUCCCUCUGUGCAGAUGCUGCAGCGUGUGGUGAUGGUGGCUGCAGAGAGCAUGAAGAUCCUGGAACCUCAGCUGAUGGACACCAGCCAGAUACAGGACGUCAGGGUGGCCAUGCGGCCUCCAUUGGAUGCCUAUGAUGUCCUGAUCCACCUAAGCCCCAAGCAGGUCCCCUUACUGGGCCAGGCAGUGGACCCGCCUCAUGCUACCUUCAGCAGGGGCAUCCUGGCUGGCAGCGUAGCCAACACUGGAGGGGCGCUACCCGUCAUCGACUUCAACCCCGUCACCCACUACCUGGCAGAGAUCAGAGAUGCAUUUAGAGACCUGGCUCUGUUCUUCUAUGACCCCUACGGCGGCACUGUGAUCGCGGUGCUAUGGAAACCCAAAGCCUUCAGCCCACUGCCGUUCAAGACCUCCCAGAUGGUGGCUCGUCGUGUGGAGGUGAAUGGGGAGGAGGUUCACACUGUCCCCAACGUGGAGGCCAUCCUGGAGGACUUCAGGGUCAUGGGCCAGGGCCUGGUGAAGUCGGUGGAGCCAAGGACGGAGAGAUGGGUGGUGUAGUGUAGACUGAGGUCACACACCCCCACACACACGUACCAUGAUCAUAUUCUAACUACACAAUCACGUUCGAUUUUAAAUGGAUUCCCCAUAGCCAGCAACCUUUUGUAGUGCGAAGGUUGCAUGUUCAAAUCUCAUUACGGACAACUUUAACAUUUUAGCUAACUAGCAACUUUGCAACUACUUACUACUUUUUUAGCUACUUUGCAACUAAACUCAGCAAAAAAGAAACGUCCUCUC